UGAAUCGAAUGAUGUCAGAAAGCAAGAAUGCAAGAGGACCGAAGAGUUGCGAAGAAGAUGAAAUUAUCUGAUACUGUCUGUAGUGUAAAUUUUCUAGUGAUGUUUCGUCUAGUGAAAUCGACUUUCCUGUGUUGCAUACCGUUGUGAUAUUUUAUUUGGAGCGUACUGUACGCGGCCUGCUGCCAUCCCUUCCAGCAAAUUUCAGGUGUUACUCGCUCCGAGGUUCCGAUUCACAAGUUCAGCGGCCAAGAACGCUGGAACGCGGUAUAGUUGCGCUUAUCUGUUGAAGAGGAAAAUGUCACUGAAUACAAGAGAUUUUAUUUCAUGUCCCCCGAAAUUGUCACAUUCAACACAUUUCUGUAGGGACCGCUGCGCGUGCGGACGUAACUGUUGAAUCAAUACCCGUUAUCAGGUAGCUGCCUGCCCCUCAGUUUUUAACAUGGCGGACCAAUGCAAAAACGGAGAGACGUGUGGUCCAGGUGUCGUGAUCCUGGCACGGAUUCUGCAGCUUCUGUGCGACAUGGGAAUCCUCGAGCCAUCCCGGAAGAGCCCAGUGGUGAGGUUUGAACAUCCGGACAAGCUGCGAGAAAUUUUAAGCCUAGAGCCAGAUGCUCAGGGUGUACAUGAAGAUGAACUUCUCCAUCUGUGUCGUGACAUUGUCACCUACUCUGUUCAGACAUGUCACCCACACUUCAAGAAUCAGCUCUACGGUGGAACAGACCCUUACGGUCUGGCUGGGGCUUGGCUAGCUGAAGCUCUGAAUACAAACAUUCACACUUACGAGGUUGCACCUGUAUUCGUCCUCGUGGAGCAUGCGGUAUUGCAACAUGUCCUCAACAUUUUUGGAUUUCCAAAUGGUGAUGGCAUUUUUGCCCCAGGUGGCAGCAUGUCCAACAUGUAUGGCAUGGUGCUAGCGAGGUACAAAGCCAUUCCCGACUCCAAGGUAAAGGGCCUUUCAGGGCUGCCUCCUCUAGUGGUAUUCGCAUCAGAAGAUGGACAUUACUCUGUGAAGAAGGCUGCGCACUGGCUGGGCAUUGGCACAGAGAAUGUUAUUCUUGUAAAAACUGAUUGUUAUGGGAAAAUGAUUCCGAGCGACCUCAUUUGCUGCAUUCAGCAGACAAUUAUGGAAGGAAAGAAGCCUUUCUUUGUGUCUGCUACUGCUGGAACCACAGUUCUAGGAGCUUUUGAUCCUCUUGAACAGCUUGCUGAUGUCUGUCAACAGUAUGGUCUAUGGCUGCAUGUUGAUGCAUGUUGGGGUGGAACUCUGAUGCUCUCCAAGAAAUACUGUCAUUGCCUUAAGGGCCUAGACAGGGUGGAUUCGGUAGCCUGGAACCCCCACAAGAUGCUUGGAGCACCACUUCAAUGUGCAAUGUUUCUCACUAAAGAGAAGGGACUAAUGCACCAUUGCAACUCUGCAUCAGCAUCAUACCUGUUUCAAAAUACAGGGGAUAAAAGUGUUCAGUGUGGGCGCAAGGUCGAUGCAUUCAAGUUGUGGCUCAUGUGGAAGGCACGUGGCAGCAGUGAAUUUGAGAGCCUCAUUAACGAUGCCAUGGAUGCUUCAAGAUACCUGAAGGAGAGAAUACAGGCACGACCAGGGUUCAGACUAGUGCUGGAUGAAUUUGAAUGUACCAAUGUCUGUUUCUGGUUCAUCCCACCUAGCCUCAGAGGGCAAGAAGAGAAUGAGGAGUGGUGGGACAAAAUACACAACGUUGCACCUAAAAUUAAGGAGAAGCUGAUACUUUCAGGGACGCUAAUGAUCGGUUAUCAACCUUUGCCGCACAGAGGACUCAAGAACUUCUUCCGGUUUGUGACCUCAUGCCACCCAUCUCCAAGUUACGCUGAUAUGGAUCAUGUGUGGCAAGAUAUUGAAAGGCAUGGUGCAGACUUGUAGUCAACUCCAUCAUAGAAAUGGUAGUCAGCAGGGAAGAAGAGGAACGUUGAUGUUUCAGGCAGUGAGCGCAUACAAAACAAAUAUAGGAAAUGAUGUGCUUAUGUUCUUUCACUUCAAGUGAAUCUAGGUUUUGCAUUCAAGUAGAAUGACUACAUUUCAGAGCAUUGUAUUGGGGAUGUGUAUGGUUGAAAAUGUCAGGAUAUCAUAAUUACUGCAUUCUUCUACAUAUUCCUCUCACUGUAUUUAAUGUUAAAUAUCCAUCACAAUUAAUGGUGCAUCAGUUAAAAACUACAAACCAGCCAGAAUACAGCAUGCUGCUGCUUCUUUCAUUAUCCAAUAUUGUUCGAAGACCCAACACCAUGUGCCGAUUGUGUAGCAUCAACCUGAUGAUGGAGGCAGCAAGGACCUCUGCAUUGUUGGUAAUAUAACAGACCACAUGGCAUUACAGCACAGAAGACAGCCAUUUUAAUAUUAUGUAUUGGUAUUGAUGUUUUAAGACGUAAUUUGUUCCUCAUGGAUAACCAGUAUUAUGAUCGGCUUCAGGUGGAUUUCUUGUUUGAGGGGGCUGAGGCCAACAGCCAGACUGCUAGUAGAAGGUAUGUGACUUGGAUAAGGAAAUGGAGUAUGUUUGUACAGAAAUAUUGCAGGUAUGUCACAGGUAUAUAAAAAAAUAUUUGUAGAUGGCCUGUUGGUACACCAUUGUUUUAAGUGAAUUUUUUUUAAUUGGUUCAAGAAAUACAACUCUUAAUUAAAGCUAUAUAACUAGCAAUGUAUAAAAAAGAAUUUAUGAGAACUGUAAAUUGUAAUUUCAACAGACUGAUCAAUAAAUGUUUAUGAUCAGAA